UGCACACCAGUGCUGCAGUCAGGGCAUCAAUUUUGUAUAGGAAAUGGCUGUUGAGGCAGCGCAGCAACGUCAGCUGUGCAGCACUUAGGCUGAGCGCGCCUCCCUCUCUCUCCCCCCUGUAACCGUGGGCUGAGGGGAGGAGGGUUCCGCCUUUUCCUUGCAAUGGGGGAGAAGCGAGCGCUGGCAGCAGAAUCAUGUCUGCCUCUGACUCCAGCGCUACAGGACUCAUCUGUAACAAGGGUUCAGCCGAUUCCUACACUAGUCGACCCUCGGAUUCCGACCUGUCCCUGGAGGAGGACCAGGAGGCGUCUCGGCGUGAAGCCGAGCGCCAGGCUCAGCUGCAGCUGGAGAGAGCCAAGGCCAAACCAGUAGCAUUUGCAGUGAAAACUAAUGUGAGUUACUGCGGUGCCCUUGAUGAAGACUGUCCGGUCCAAGGGGCUGCUAUUAACUUUGAAACCAAAGACUUCCUGCACAUAAAAGAGAAAUACAACAAUGAUUGGUGGAUUGGUCGGUUGGUGAAGGAAGGCGCAGACAUCACAUUCAUCCCAAGCCCAGUCAAACUCGAAGCCAUGAGGAUAAAACAAGAGCAGAAAGCAGCAGCAAGGAAAGGAGGGAACGCUUCAUCUGGAGGCUGGAGGUCGACCCCGCCAUCUGCAGCCAAACAGAAGCAGAAACAGACUGAACAUCUUCCUCCAUAUGAUGUGGUCCCUUCUAUGCGGCCUGUGGUGCUGGUGGGUCCUUCGCUGAAAGGCUAUGAGGUAACAGACAUGAUGCAGAAAGCCUUGUUUGACUUCCUAAAGCACAGAUUUGAUGGCAGGAUCUCUAUUACACGGGUGACUGCUGAUCUGUCGCUGGCGAAGCGCUCGGUGCUGAACAAGAAGGCCAUAAUGGAGAGAUCCAACACACGCUCCAGUCUAGCUGAGGUGCAGAGUGAGAUAGAGAGGAUCUUCGAGCUGGCCAAGUCUCUUCAGCUGGUCGUCCUAGAUGCUGACACCAUUAAUCACCCCGCACAACUCCUCAAAACUUCCCUCGCUCCCAUCAUCGUCUAUGUCAAAGUCUCCUCACCUAAAGUCCUUCAGAGGCUGAUCAAAUCUCGGGGCAAGUCACAAAGCAAACACCUCAACGUCCAGAUGAUGGCAGGAGACAAGCUAGCACAGUGUCCACCUGAGAUGUUUGAUGUCAUUCUGGAUGAGAAUCAGCUGGAGGAUGCAUGUGAACAUCUCGCAGAGUACCUUGACAUUUACUGGCGUGCUACGCACCUCCCCUGUUCUGCCCCUGUUAACCCUUUACUGGAUCAAAGCGUGGUCACCCCACCCUCAGCUAACUCUAGCCAACAGUUUUCUGAGACUCAAGAGUUGAUAGAAUGAUCACUACCACAGAUAUAGGAAGCCUGUGCUGUUGGCUGGUGUCAGACUAGAAAGUCAUAGAGCACAGGGAAUGGGGUGCCACCAGGGGGCAGCAGCAGCCCUCAUCUCUCCAAAACCAGCCACCACCUUCUCUGGCCACACCUGGGGCGAAGAAGAGACCAAGAGGAGAGACCCUCCGGAGAGAAAGAACAGGACGCUGGUGAGCUGGAGGAAAAGGAGACACAAGAAAUUUACGAGAGAAGCCUCCACUUCACUGCUGCCCCCUCGCGUAAAGCUCCCUGCUCCAACCGCCAUGCAACAACUCAGGGCCGCUUCCUACAGCUGCAAAAGUGCUGGCAACAAAAACCAGUACAGAAGUGCAGCCAGCCACUGCACACAACCUCCCCUCACCCUUCCUUCCACCCUGACCUUGUUAUUAACACCUUGCACACACUGGAGGUCACAAACCCCACCUGGCAAUGCUGAGCCAGCCCAUGUGUGAUCAGGGCUGCCGGACACACAUAGGCUAAUUCAGCUCUCAAUGUAGACAAAUUACACAUCAGUGAAGGCAGAGAAUGUUAGCAUUCAGAACCGUAGCAUAGCAACGCUAUCAGUAUAACACAAAAUACAAACAUGAGUAGCUUCCCGUUCCCAAGGUUUCCUCUCUGGCCAGAGUGCAGAGAGUGACACAAAAUCCAGUUUGUAUGUCCUCUAGUUCUACAGCUCGGUGUGAGCCAGUUUAACCAAAAUAAUUCCUCAAAGGCAAACUUGAGUCAUAAUGGACUCACCUGUGUUGGGAAACCCAAGGAAAUGAAAGCGUUUCUCUUCCUUUUUAUUAUGUAGCCUUUCUAAAUGAUUUUAGUUUUUACUGUAACGAUCUUUACUUCUAUCUGUAACGCAGUGUAGCUGGUCACAUAUCUGUAUAGUAUGCAACAGUGAUGCAAAACUCAUGCAUGAUAAGCACAUACUUGCACAUCAACAGAAUAUAUAUGCAUCUUUUGUCACAGCUGUGAAUGUAUAAAUGCUGGUCCAUUGUCUUAAACAGGAUUAUUUACAAUAACUGUGGUUUGUUUUCAGAUGUUUGUAUCUAAAUAGAAAUGCAAUUAACCAUGAUAAACUAUGGUUAUUGUCAUAUAUUAUUGUUUUUCAGCCCUUAGAAUUGAAUUGAAAUUCUUGUUUAUGAAUCAUUUGACCAACCCAGACAUAUAAUUUGUAGCAAAAUCUGAAUAUUGGAUAUUUAUUGAUGUUUAACAUGCGUAGGUUUCCUCCAAAAAAGAAGGACAGACGCAUUGUGACAAUCACAUACUUUCAGUUGUAGCACACCUGAUAUUUAUAACUAAAAGAAAAACAAUGAUUCUGUUUUGCGGAAACCACACUCCUAACUCAAGAGGAUUUUAAUUGUGUUUUUGAAACAUAAAUUGCCAUAGGCUGUUUAUAAAAUUCCUAUUUCUCAUGCAAAACUUAAAAACCCAUUGAGUGAGGUAACUAUGAUUUCCAAAGACAAUAGAUGUAUAUAUAAAUAGCAAGAUUAAAUGUUACUUCAGCAUGUGUGCUGAAUUUAAUUAUUACAUUUCUUUAAUCAUCACUACAGUCAGACACAUAUCCUCCAUAUCAUUUGAUUGGUUAACAUUUCACACUUCGCUGCUACUCAUUGGUGUAGUGGAGAAGGAGAUGGAUUAUAUCAAUGGAGCAUCAGAAUUAAUAACUCGUUAUAUUUUAUCACAGCUUGACAUGUGUGCAGCUGGCCCAUAAACCCAUGGAGGGUGACCUCUAGUGGUAAAAAUAUUUUUAUUUCUUUCACCAACGACCUCUUAUUACUCUAGCCUUUGUGAAAACUGUGAGAUAUAAAUUAGCUAUCCACCUUAAUUAAGAAUUAUUACAAAACGUUGAUUGUCUUUGCUCUAAACACCAACAUCUUAAUGCAAAAUAUCAUUUUUCACGCUAUUGCUCUUCAUUCCCAAACUCCCCAAAAGGUACUGCAUCUCAAUAUUAAUGACAAAUAUUCUCUACACAUCUCCUUUUAACAUAUACCACUAUAGUUUCAGCUAACAUACCACAUAUGUAAAUAAUCUAAUGUAUGUGCAUGGCAAAUUGUAUUCCUGUUUCAUCUGAAGGGCUUUUUAGGACCAUCGUUUCACAAGCCAUUCACACUUCAGAGUAAACCAACAUGAUCUACAUAACUAGUCACAUGUAUCCAGGCUUAAUUGUACAUACUGUACAUUCAAUAUGCAUAUAUUCUUAUUGAUAUUAUAAAAUUGCACAGAAACAACAGAUGCUGACAGGAAGUAAGGGUUUUAGUCACUCAGUACACAGUUCUAUUCUCAACGCCUCAGAAAGCAUGUGUUUUUAUGUAUUUUCCUCUCUUUUAAGAAUGAUGCACUGCAGUUAUUUUGGACCACAGGGAAGUUUGCUUCCACUGGCACCCAUAUUCGUUCUGAAGGACCAGAUUUGAGAUCCAUAACGUCUACUUGUUGAAGCAGAGAUAGCACACUAAUUUGUUAACAUAAUAUAACAAACUGAAUCAGCUGCUUAUAUUUAUUUUAUUUGUAUUGCAGGAUACUUCUAUCAAAGGUGAUUUAUUCUUUGGAUGUCCAAAGCACAAUUUUGUACAACUAUCAUUUCCUAUUGUGUUACACCUGCCUAAAUUCUGUAUGCAAUACAAAGUCUAGCAUUGACGAGACAUUAGCUGAGACUAUCAAGGUAUCUCCUCAGUUAUGAUGGGGUAUAAUUGCACUAAUAUUAUUUAUAUGUCUGCUUUACAAUGCAAUAAAUGCACUGAACGUUAUGCUGUACCCACUACCAAUACUGAACAAGUUGUCUGGUCUGAUGAUGUCAACAUUUCUCGUGGUUUAUGACAAGAUAAAUGAUAUCCAACAGUGUCUGAUGAUGAUGUGUACAGGGUGCUUCUUUUGUCUAGCACAUUUGAAAGAGGGGGUGAA